GACGAGGGAAGACACGAGGAAACAGGUUCCCGCCUAGACACAACACCAUGCGUCUCCUCGGCCCCUCACUCCUGCUCCUCGAAUACUUGGCUUUCUCUGACUCAACUCGGUGGAUAUUUAACCACCCCAAGACCCUCUACACCUGGGAGAGGGCCUGCGUCUGGAUUCCCUGCAGCUACAGAAUCCCAGAGCGUGGAAGUGUAGUGGAAAACAUGACCGUGUACCACAAUUAUGAGUAUGACAAAGGCAGGAAGCAGUACACGGGGACCAUCCUCUAUCAGAAGACAAACACCAAGGAGAUUUCUCGCGAGGAAAGGGUACAGUUCCUGGGAGACAACAAGUCCAACUGCACCCUCCACAUCCACCCUGUGGGUGUCCAAGACAGUGGUCGGCUGGGGCUGAGGAUGACAUCGGGGGAUGACAAAUGGAUGGAGGAUAUAUUCCUGAACGUCUCUAAGACGGCCCCUCCACCUCACGUCUGGCUCCCUCCAGAAAUCCGGGAGUUCCAGGAGGUCACCCUGACCUGCUCGCUGAAUUUCGCCUGCUUUGGGUACAAAUUGCAGUGGUCCCCAAAGGGGUCUGGUGUCCCCUCGACCUCCCUGACCCCCCAGGUCGUCUCCACCGAGAGCAGGUUCACGUUCCAGCCACAGUGGACUGACCACGGCAAGAAUCUGAGCUGCCAGCUCUUGGAUCCUGACAAGCAGGUGCUCUCUGAGGAAACCGUGAGGCUGGAUGUGAAGCACCGACCAAAGUUGGACAUCAAGGUCAGACCUGAAGAAGCUGUUGUAAGAGAGGGGGAUCCUGUGACAAUGACGUGCCGGGUCGUCAGCAGCAACCCAGAGUACUGGACCAUAUCCUGGCUCAAGGAUGGGAUCCCGCUGAGUAGGGAGGAGAUGCCAAGGGAGCAAGAGAUGCUCACGUUAACUCUGUCCGGAGUGACCAAAGACAUGAGUGGAAAGUACCAGUGUGAAGCCCACAAUGACAUGGGCUCAGAAAAGUCCCAAGAAGUGGACCUCCAUGUGCAUUAUGCUCCAGAACCUUCCACGGUUCAGAUCUCCCCCUCGCCAGCUACGGAGGGAAAUCCAGUAGUGCUGACUUGUACAUCACAGGCCAGUCCUCCUCCAACAAAUUACACCUGGUAUCACAACGGGAUAGAGGUGCCAAGAAGGACAAGUAAGACCUUCCAGAUCCCAGAGGUCCUCCUCAGGCACGCUGGGAAUUAUUCCUGCCUGGCAGAAAACGCUCUUGGUCCUGGACAAGUUGGCCAGGAGGCUCGGCUGGUCGUCCAUUAUCCCCCCAAGGGGGUAACCAUGGUGAUUCUAAACCCCACGCCGAUCCGAGAAGGAGAUGACGUGACCCUGUCCUGUCACUACAAUUCCAGCAACCCCAGAGUCACCCGCUAUGAAUGGAGUCCCUGGGGCCCCUGGCAUGAGCUGUUACCUGGGGUGCUGACAAUUCCAAAAGUUGCCUGGGACGCCAAGCCCAUCACCUGCACAGCCUGUAACUGGUGGUGUUCGCAGGGGCUUCCUGUCAAGCUGGACGUCCAGCAUGCCCCCAAAGAUGUCAAGGUCCUGCUGAUCAGCCCCCGUUCUGAGAUUUACUCUGGGGACCCGGUCCACCUCCAAUGUAACUUCUCCAGUAGCCGCCCCACAGACGUCCACUUCUUCUGGAAGAAAGAUGGGAUCCUUCUGCAGAAAGGAAGAGAACUGAGUUUUGCCGCCAUCUCUCCAGAAGACGCCGGAAGUUACAACUGCCUGGCCAAUAACUCCAUAGGGCAGAGCACGUCUGAGGCCUUGAGGCUCCAAGUGCUGUAUGCCCCUAGGAGGCUGCGUGUGUCUGUUAGCCCAAAAGACGUGAUAGAGGGGCAGAGGGCAGUCCUGUCGUGUGAGAGCGACGCCAACCCUCCCAUCUACCACUACUCCUGGUUUGACUGGAAUGACCAAAACCUCCACCAUUCUGAUAAGAUGCUGAGACUGGAUCCCGUGAAGGUCCAGCACUCAGGCGCCUAUCGGUGUGAAGGGACCAACGGAGUGGGGGCAGGCAUGUCGCCCCCCAACACCCUCACAGUCUACUACAGUGCAGAGACCAUCAGCAGACGAGCGGCCAUGGGAGUGGGCUUCUUCCUGGCCAUCCUCCUCCUGGCCAUCUGGGGAGUCAAGAUUCGGCGAAGCUGGAAGAGGAUCCGGAGGCAGCAGGAGCAUCAGGAAAAUUCCAGUGGGCAGAGCUUCUUCGUGAGGAAUAACAAGAUCAGAAGAGCCCCUGUCUCGGAAGGCCGCCACUCCCUGGGAUGCUAUAACCUGGCGAUGGAAGACUCCAGCAGCUAUGGUCCCUUGCGCUUUCCUGGCGGCGAGACUGACGUGCCGAGUACAGGAGAUGCAGAGACUUCAGAGAUGCAGGGACUUUCCCUAAACGGGGACAACACGGUCACUUACUCUGUGGUGCAGAAGCAUCACGUGGGCGACUAUGAGAACGUGACUCCAGCUGUUCCGGAAGACGAGGGGAUACAUUACUCAGAGCUGGUUCACUUUGGCGCUGGGCAGCGGCCUCCGGCCGAGGAAGGCGUGGACUACGUGACCCUCAAGCACUGAUGGGCCACACC